AUGGGUAAUACACAAUUAUCUAAAGCUCAAUUGUCUUUUAAGGAUAUUUUUCCUGAAGUAAAGUCUUAUUACCAUUCUCUUUUAUACCUUAUGAUUCAGAGUCCUGUAAAUAGGGCUUUAAAGCAGCCUUGCAAUGAUAUUAGUGCAGAAUUUACUCCUUAUGCUAUUUUGAAUAAUGUUUUUUCUACAUCUUGCAUAAAACUUGGUCUUUAUCUACAUGAAUUAAAAAAUAGGAAAGAAGACACUAGAAAACCAUAUUGUAAUUUUUAUAUCUACGAGCUGAAACGUGAAGCAAGGAAUAAAAGUCCUAAUGUUAAUUCAUUUGAUGAUCUUCACAAAAAACUCACAGAUGCAUCCAGUAAAACAGAUGUACUCAUACCUGAUGUAUGUAAAGAAUAUGUAUCAAUAAUGAAUGACGAUGUAUAUGAAAUAUUCAAAAUGUUUGAUGAAUUAUAUGAUAAUUUUAAAUCUUUAAAAGAUAAGAAAAAAAAUAAUAAAGACCAAUACGUUAAAUUAUGUGUAGAAACAUAUGAUAAAUUUUCAAAAAUAGAUAAAACGAAGUUUAACAAUACAAUUGAUGAAGAACUGGAUAAAUUUAAGCGAGAAUUUAAUAGUUAUUUACAAAAAGAACCUAUUUGCAAAGGAGAUAAUGCAUCAGAGAAUUGUUUCUUGGGAAAUCUCGGCAUAAGCGCCAUCACAGUAGAAGCAUUAUCAGGAGAUACUCUAUCCCCAGUGACGUGGACAAGCACGGGUAUUUUAUUUUUUGCAAUAAUAAUAAUUAUAUUCAUCGUGUACAAAUAUACUGCUUAUGGUUCAUACAUAAGACCAAGGAGAAGAAAGUUAAAAAAUAUAUGGAAGAGGAAAAAUAAAAAAUAUUACGGAUUAAUGAAUUUAUUUGAACAAUCACAAAAAAAUAUAAUUCAAAAUAAACACAAUAUAUUAUAUAAUUCAGUAGAGUAG